AUGUCCCACCCCACCCUCCUCAUCCCCCUCCGCACUCCCAUCCACACCCACCAACCCGCCUGCAACAACGCUGUCCUCCAACUCCCCGCCUUCUACCAGCCGACCAAUCUUCGCGUCUACACCCGCGCAACCAACACCGAUGACCCCAACCCUAUGGCAUCUGCCGUGGAUGUCCUGCUGAAUUCGACUCCGGUUCAGGACGCAAAUUGGAGAGGGUAUAUUCUUUUGAACGGAUUGAGUUUGAGUGAGGUUGGACGGUGGAGGGUGGAGUUGUACGGGGUAGUGUUUCGGACUGGGGAGAACCUGUGGAGGAUUUCGGCGGGAUAUGUGCAGGUUGAGAUUGGGUUUGUUGAUGUUAGGGAUGGUCCGUAUUUGUGCUACCAACCAGACACCACUCUCAAUCACAACCACAACCCCGUUAAAUCCAACAUGUCCCCCCCGCAGCAACCUCUAAGCUCCCCACCACCACGACAUUCGGAACCCUCCAACCCCCAGUCCGGGGCUCCCCCUAUAGAUCUCUCCCCUCUUCCGUUUCCCACUACUCCCAUCAUCCUCAUCCCGCUCCGCAACUCGAUCCUCGACAAGUUCGAGGAUGACAGCUGCAAUCCGGCCGUAAUCCGGCUCCCCGCCCAGGAAGCGCGGUUUGGAGGGCUUUCGAUCCACGCAUACGCCACCAAGCUUCUUGGUACAGAUACCGCCGCAGGGGCGUAUAUCCAGAACCAAGCCCAGGCCCAGAACAUCAAUGCCUUCAUCAACGCAUGCGUCGACCCACCCUCAGCCCGCCAACUCAACCGAGUUGAUCUGUUCAACCCAGUCGACGUGAACCCAGUCGAUCCAGCCCCAGGCGAUGUCAUCACAUUCGACCUGGCCGACCUAAUCAACGGGUGGAACGCAGUCAAUAGAGCCCCAGCUAGCCAAGUCAAUUUUCCUCUCAACGGGAACCCUGCCACCCCAGUCAACCUAGCCCCGAUCGACCCAGCCAAUCUAUUCAACGGGGGGCCAGUCAACGGACUCAACCCGCCCUCAGCUGUCGUCGUGAACGGAGACGCAGCCGUCAUCUACUUCCACACCCGCCUCAACGCCAUCCCCGUUGAGGACACUCUAGGCCAGCGAUCCCUCGUUCUCUCUGGCCUUCGCUUCCAAGACGCCGGCGAUUGGCACGUGUACAUUCAACUGGUUCGGGACGGAGCCUCGGUGUGGUGGUUUGACGCGGGUGUGAUCAAGGUGAUAGACACGAACACGAAUGGCGUUGGCCCAUGCCUGGAUGAGAUUGGAACGGGACCGUUGUUGUGUAAGGACAUCUUUUGCCUCUGA